ACUUUUAAAUCAACUUUUGUUUUGCUUCUCGAAAUAAAAUGCAGUUAUGCAUAAUUGCAUAAGUGACGAAUAGAUAAGCGUCGGUAGCUUAUUAAUUAUUAAGUGGUAGUGAGUGAACCGGAAUAAUGUAUUUCGAGAUUGAAAAUACUCCGGAGCAUUUGAAAAGAGCUAGAAGAAAGGAAAAUGUUCAAAGGGCGUCUCCUAAAGAAGAGUGCCCCAGACUAAUUUUGGCCCCUUUUUCGAGACCGCCCCAAGUGGUAUUUGACAAUGUAGUCAUCGGUACAACAUGUGAAAAAAAUUUGGAAAUAUUAAACCCUUCUAAAGCUAUCCAACAGAUAACACUUGGUAAGUCUCUGCCACCUGGAUUAAUAAUACAAUUGCCUGGAGAAUAUCUGGAACUGGAACCGGAAACAUGCUAUUGCAUAACUAUGCUGUGGACACCUACUCAGCCCACAGCGCUACGGGAAACAAUACGAUUUACAAAUGAAAAUAGAGGGAGAUAUGAUGUUAUCAUUGUUCUCAAAUCAGUUAUGAAUGUGAAAGGCAAAAAUAAUACAAAAUUAAAGAUAUCACCAGGUAAGAUUAAAAAGAAGUCGGGAAAGAAGUCCCCAGCUGCAAUAUAUAAAAAGAAAGUCGAAACUAUUUAUAACACAACAAAAGUGAAGAAAACAGUAAAUGUUGUCCAUUCAACUCAUUAUAAAGUAUUUAAUCAAAUUGAUAAAGAAAAUGUAUCUUACAAUGACUGUUCCAUGGAGCCAAAAUUGAAAAAAUGUCCUUUUGACUCACCAACUAAUUUAGACUUAAAUUUUAAUACAUCUGAAAUAUUUUCCAACGUGCAACGUAAUAAGAAAGACAUGCUUUAUGAAACCUAUGAUAAAUCAUAUAAUGUAAAUGAAAUUUAUACCAAUGAAAACAAUAUUUUAAAACCUUCAAAUAGACAAAUUAAUGAUUCUUCUGUGACUGAUGUAUUUGAUAAUAUUUCUUUUACGCCCCUCAAAAGUUUACCUACAAAAAAUGAUAAAUUAGUCAAAGGUCCAAAAAUAAUAUUAAGCGUUAAUUCUGAGAGUGAUUUUGAUGACAGCUUAGAUAUUCAAGGCAGUAACAAAGAAAAUGAGACUCAUUCAAUUCUAUGCAUAACUUCAUCUCAGAAUCCGAACAAGUGGUUAACAGUUAAUCAUCAUGUACAAUAUGAAAACAAUCAAUGCAAUGAAACUCCUACAUUACCGAAUAAGAAAAUUCCAAACACAUCUUCACCUAAAGAGUUGAACAGUCCAAAUUUUUCAAUAAACACAGAAUUUUCACGUAUAAGUGAUUUAUCUUUCUUUCCUCAAAGAUUUUCAACUGAGAGAAAAAUUAUACCGAAAAUGUAUAAUGAGACUCAUGACAUAAUUGAAGACAAUGCGAGAAUAAGUUCUGAUACUUAUACAAAAGAAUCACCAAAUACUCCAAUGUAUUUUAAUUCUAACCAAGUCUACGGAGAUUCAAAGCAAGCUAUUCCGAGAGAGUCAAAUCCGAAAGUAUGUCGACAUGCUCUAUUCAAGGAACAUUUUUAUAGAGAUACCAUUGACAGAAAUGUAUUAGCUAGACCUGAGAGUUAUCCUUGGAAUAAUGAUUUGAGAACCGAAAUAAAAUCACCACCUAGGUCUCUGACCCCACCUUUACAAUCUAUUCCAGAAGAAAGCAUACAUUUUUCGGACACUCAUUUGUUCGAUAAAACAAAUAAGCAAAUGUCAACAUUUACUAUCAAUAGAACUUUCGACAAAGCAGAUGAUUCUUCGAAGUCUUCAGUGUCAUCUAAUCGACAGUCAGCUUGGUCAAAAAGAGCAGUCAGAGCUGAACCCGAACUGUGGAAGAUGCCUACUACAUUACCGAGGAAGUCCUUGAAAUCUAAAAAUAUCUCUCAAACACUAAUAAAAAGCAGAGAUUCAAUAACUGGAAAGGGGAAUCAGUCAUUUGACACAAAUAAAAGCAUUAACCAAAAUAUUUCUCUUAAUCAUAUGGGUAAUGUUUACUCGCAGUCAUUUACUGUAGACCCAUUUCUUUCAACAACUUACUUCUACGAUGAGGAAGCUGUAGACAAGUUUGAAAAUGAAUUUAGAAGGUGGCUCAAUUGUAUUUUGACUCCACCUGCUGAUCUAGACAGUAAUAUAGAACAGAAAAUUGAUGUAGGAAAAGCUUGGAUUGAGAAUAGGAAUAAAGAAAUACCUGCAGCUCCAACUAAAGAACAAGUGUGCAGCGCUUACCACAAUAGUCACAGGCUAGACAGCUUACGGCGAACAGCGAGAGCAUUGCUAUUAAGUCCAGAAAUUUCUCAGGUUUUCAUCAAGUUAAAUCUACAAAUUGAAAAAAAAUUGAUUGCAAUAAGAACGGACCGAAAUCUACAUUUAGAUAUUGGUUUACAAAAAAUAAUAAUGGAGUUACUACUCUCUUACAAUCCAUUAUGGCUUCGUAUCGGCUUAGAAGCUAUUUACGGUCUUGUGUUGCCUCUUAAAUCGAACAGCGAUGUUGAAGGUCUUACCACGUUUAUUAUUCAUAGAAUGUUCAAAAAUCCUCAUCUUAAAAACAAACAUUCUAAAUCAUCUGCACCAAAUAUGUUGUUGCCAGCAUACAUGGAGGCCAUAAAGAAGUUUACUCUUAAAAAGUUUUUCAUGCUUGUAUUUUUCUUAGAUCAAGCAAAACAGAAGAAAAUAAUACCUCAUGAUCCCUGCUUGUUUUGCAGAAAUGCUAUAUGUAAAGAAAGCAGAGAUAUUAUUUUACGUUUCACAAGAGAACUGAUUGCGGGCAUUGGAGAUAUUACAAAACAUCUGAGACCUCUUGGCUAUGUUGUUUGUCAUAAACAAUCUUAUUUAGAUGAAUAUAAAUACGCUGUUCACAACAUAGCAGUGGAUAUACGAGACGGAGUUAGAUUAACUAAAGUUAUGGAAAUUAUCUUGAUGAAAAAUGGCUUGCUAAAUCAACUACGAACACCGGCAAUAUCUCGCCUUCAAAAGAUACAUAACGUGCAAGUGGCUCUAAACGCUUUGAAAGAGGCAAACUUCGUUAUAGUUGGUGAUAUAUCUGCAUCUGAUAUCGCAGAUGGGCACAGAGAAAAGACAUUGUCCCUCUUAUGGCAACUGAUACACGUAUUCAGAGCGCCGCUCUUUGAAAAAGCUGCGAAUAUUAUACAAACUUGGUGGAGAAAGAAAUAUGAUAUUAUUGUUGAAAAACGAAAGGAAGAAGAGAAGAUUAUGGCUCAACGUGACACAGCAGCCAGUACCAUUCAAUAUUGGUGGAGACGAAUCAAAUAUAAUCGUAUGGUAGAAUAUAAGAUGUAUCAAGUAACAACUGCAACUAUUGUAAUCCAAAAAUAUUGCCGGAUGUGGAUUUGUCGUACUCACUUAAGGAAACAAAAGUAUAGUGCUGUGAAAAUUGCAACGUGGUAUAAGAAUAAGAAGAAAGUUCAGGAAGCGAAAGAGAUUUUGCAGGCAUUGCGUUUACAAAGGGAAAAAUUACAACAAAAAUCAGCUACCAUUAUACAAGCACAUGUCAAACGUUGGCUAUGUCUGAGGCGUUAUAACGCGAUCAAAAAGAAAAUUGUACUCGUCCAGAGUAUUAUCAGGCAAUAUUUAGCGCGUAAAUGGUAUGUUCAAUUACAAAGGUCUGUUUUGUUCAUUCAACAAAAGUAUAGAAGCAAGAUAUUAAUGAGAAAAGAUAUGCAAAAAUUUGUAGCGACAAAACAAAGUGCCAUACUCAUACAGAGUUACUUUAGAAUGAUGAAACAUCACAGAUAUUUCCUAGCAUUGAAGAAGUCUGUUCGAAUUAUAGAAAACCGUUAUAAAGCGCUUAUUGUGAUGAGAAAUGCUCGAACUGAUUAUUUAAAAUUGAAAGAUGCUGUUAUUAAAGUCCAAUCAUUGUAUAAAAUGAAAAUAAUGCACGCGGAGUACAUUCAAAAACGUAAUUUAAUUAUUUAUAUACAAAGAAAAUUCAAAGCUAAUCAGAAAAUGAAAAAAGAAAAAUCGUACUAUCUAAAAUUACGAAAUUCGUCUAUCGUACUUCAAAGGCGUUUCAAAGCUUAUUUAAAGAUGAAAGAAACUAGAGAAGAAUAUAGAACAAUUAGGAAUUCUGUUAUUAAAAUUCAGACAUACUUCCGAUCGUACUUAGAAAUGAAAGAUCAACGUCAUAAAUACAUUUUAUUAAGAAAAUCGGCUGUAAAAAUACAAACACAAUAUAGAAGUUUAUUAGCUAUGCGACGUGAUAGAAAUAAUUACUUGAAGUUGAAAGAAUCUGUUGUGGCAUUACAGAUAAGAUACAGAGCCAUUGUUUUAAUGAGAGAAAUUAGAAAAAGAUAUUUAGAAUUAAGAAAUGCAGCCAUAGUAGUACAGAAAAGAUAUAAAGCUCUAUUACAAAUGCGAACAGAUAAAUCUAAUUAUGCAAAAAUAAAAGCGUCUUGUAUUGUGAUUCAAAAUGCUUAUAGAGCAUAUUUACUAGGAAAGCAUCAGCGCCAAUUAUAUAUUCAGCAGAGAAAUGCUGUAUCGAAAAUACAAAAUUGGUUUAGAUGUUCGAAAAAAGCGAAAGAAGUAAAGAAACAAUAUUUACAGACUAAAAGGGCUUGCGUGAUUAUACAAAAUGUGUAUAGGGCUUAUAUUAUUGGCAGAAUGCAAAGGCUUGAAUAUUUGAAAAUGAAAACUGCAACAAUUUGUAUUCAACAACAUUUUAGAAGUUAUCUCUUAACGAAAACAAUAAGAGCAGAAUAUAUUCAAAUAAAAACGUCAACUAUAACUAUUCAAAGAUUUUAUAGAUCAUAUUUGAUAACAAAACAACAAAGGCAAGUAUAUUUAACCAUGAAACAAUCGGCAAAAGUAAUCCAAACCUAUUAUAAACAAUAUCAAGAGACUAAGAAAAUAAGACAAAAAUAUUGUCAAUUGUUAUCGGCUACAAUUUACAUACAAAACAAAUACAGAAGUAUUAAAGACAUGAGGUAUCAAAGAUCUAGAUAUUUGAGUAUGAAACACUCGGCUGUCGUUGUACAAAGAAGAUAUAGGGCUCUGUUAGCAAUGAGGAAAGAGAGACAAGUCUAUCUUAAAAAACGCUCUGCAGCCGUUUACUUGCAAAAUAAAUUUAGGGCUCAAAAUAUCAUGAAAGAGGAAAGAAAAAAAUUCUUAAAAGCAUUGGAAGCCUCUAAAAAAAUACAAGCAUUUUAUAGGGCUUAUAAAAUUGGGGUCUCACAGAAAAAUAUGUAUUUACAAUUAAGAAAAGCAGCGAUUACUUUACAGCAAAGAUUCAAGGCAACUAUUUUUAUGCGAAAAGAAAGACAAUCUUAUUUAAAAAUAAAAUUCGCUGUUUUAACUUUGCAACGAAGGUACAGAGCCAAGCAAUUAAUGUUAGAAGCAAAGGCUAAAUUUGAUAGUACUCUAAAAGCUUGUAUUACAAUACAAAAGUUUUAUAGGGCACGUUUAGUUGGCCGAAAACAAAGAAGCGAUUAUGUUAAGUUAAAAUCCGCGGUGACAGUUAUUCAAACAAGAUUUAGAGAAAUUAUGCAUGGUAGAAAAUUAAGAAAUGACUAUAUCCGUUUACGAAGUACGGCUCUUUUCAUUCAACGUAACAUAAGAGCCAGAAAUGCGGCACGCAAACUUGCUCGGAAGAUGGCUAUCGAAAAAAUUGAAAUGUGGUACAUAUCUAUCCGAAGACGUAAUGAAUGCAGAAAUAAUUUUAUAAACAUCAGAGAAAAGAUAAUUACUUUACAAUCAAUUGUCCGUAUGCGAAUCAUUCGUAGAUAUUAUCUUUGUAUGCGAUCUGCAGCCAUUACUAUACAAAGACAUUAUCGCUCUUAUAUAUUAGCGAAAAUGGAACGAAAAAAGUACGAACAAUCCAGAACGUCCAUAAUAAAACUGCAAGCUCAUGUCCGAAGUUUCAUUGAAAGGAAACGAUACAUACGUUUACGUGCUACAGUGUUAGUAAUACAAGCUGUAUAUAGAUUAAAAAGACAUCGAGUUUUCUUAAAAAAACAAAGAGAAGUAGCGGCUACAUGUAUUCAAAAGAAUGCUCGAAGAUAUUUCAUUCAGUCGUGGUAUAAACGAUACCGCGAACAAGUUAUAUUUGUUCAGAAACAAUGGAGAGGGAAACUGUUAACAAGACUGUUACGCAAUGAAUUUUUGGAAAAGAGAAAUAUAAUCCUAAAAAUACAAGCUUUUAUUAGAGGUCAUCUCAUUCGUAAAGCAGUUGAAUAUAAGAAGGAAAAUCUAUUAAAAUUAAGAACAGAACAACAGCGAAAUUGGGCUGCUACCAAAAUUCAGGCACUCUUUCGCGGACACAAAGCUCGUAUGGUGAGCGGCAUGCAUGCCUAUGAGCUACGUCGGCGAUGGCGCAAUGGAGGCUUGGAGUCAUCACAGGAGUCGUUAAAGGAGAGAAACGAGGAUGCAAUGGAGGUACUCCGAAAGAUGUCGGACAUUGAAACUGUGAUACGGGCAUUUAGAUCUGUGGAACUUCUAACUGAAGUAUAUCCGAUAACGUACAACGAAAAUGCUUCGUCAGUUGUGCGACGCGUGUAUAUCUACAUGUCUGUGACGAACAGGUCUAUCUCUAGUGUGGAAGUGCUGAAAUCAGCGGCAUCGCUGUUGGUUAAUUUGACCAGAUACAAAAUAACAGGACCUAAAAUUUAUGCAAGGGAUAGAAUACCUCCAGUACUGAAAUUCAUGUGGCGUUUCAGUAACAGCGAAACACAAUUGUUUUGCAUACUGUCAACUUACCUCUGGCUAUUCUCCAAGUAUGACGAAGUUAAGAGCGAUUUAACCAAUUUUCUUCAUGAACCCGAAAACCACAAAAUACUCGUGUCAAUUAGAGGAAAUGUAAUGCGAAUGAAAAGGAUGGCGAGUAAUGUGAUAAAAAAUAAAUUCAGUACCCCCCAGCCUUCUAAAUAUGUUUCACACACAAUGAACCAAUCGUUGCGUGAUAUGAAUCAUAGCAUUUGCUGUAAUAGUGGCUAUUUGUUGCCGGCUCUUGAACCAGAUUAUGGGAUCAUAAGAGCUGAUAAGCCUCGAUAUUUUCAGGACCCCCAACAAGCGAUCUGUUGCCUCUUUGAAACUUAUGAAUUGUAAUUCAAUUAUUUUUAUCUAAUUAAUUAUAUUCCCACUUUAAUUUUAGUGAAAAGUUAUUUUAUCAUGAAUAUUUUGUUGACGUAAUAACAUUUAUUUUUAAUAUAUUUAACUAAUGGUGUAU